CUUCUCUUCCAGAUCUCUCCCUCCUUCCCCCAAUCUACAUCGGAGUACCAUCCGAUCCCCGCUUGCGUUGCGUUAAAAAUCGCAGCUUGGAUUUGCAGCAGGACAACGAGGAAGACAGGGGGGCAGCAGCACCUGAGCCAUGGCGGGGAGGGCCAACAUCCCUACCAACAACUCCGCGCUCAUCGCUAUCAUCGCCGACGAGGACACCGUCACUGGCUUCUUGAUGGCUGGGGUUGGUAAUGUUGAUCUGCGCAAGAAAACAAACUACCUCCUCGUCGAUAACAAAACUACAGUGAAACAGAUUGAAGAUGCAUUUAAAGAGUUUACUGCAAGGGAGGAUAUUGCUAUUGUGCUCAUCAGUCAAUAUAUUGCGAACAUGAUAAGAUUUCUGGUGGAUAGCUACAACAAGCCAGUCCCUGCUAUACUGGAGAUCCCAUCCAAGGAGCAUCCAUAUGAUCCAGCGCAUGACUCGGUCCUCUCUCGCGUGAAGUAUCUGUUCUCUGCCGAAUCAGUGGCAUCUGAUAGGCGAUGAAGGCGCCACACCCUUCGUUGUAGAAACAGUGGCGUGUUAAUUGGAUUGGAUCUACCUCUUGUCUAGUUUGUUGUGUCAAUUUAUAUUAUCAGGAUUGCAUGUACCAUUCCGUUGUGGGGGCGUGGGACAGCAAGAAGCACGAAUAAGGAGUUUGCAAACAAUUGGGUUGGACCAAACCAACUGGUUUUUUAUAAAGAUUGGAAUUGGAAUGGAAUGUUACUAUUUGCAGCA